AUGGCUACCGUCAAACCAAAACCGAUAGUUCUGCACAUUGGUGACCCAGUCAGAUGGAACCUUGAUUUAUAUGAACAAUUUUCUAAGGAUUUUACAAUCAUACGGCCUUCAACUGAAGAACGUCAACGUGGUGAAUUUAUAAAAGGCUUGAAAGAGAACAGAUGGGGCAACUUUUCCGCAAUAUUUAGGCCGUUCUGGAAUACUGGUGGUGAAAUGGGUCGAUGGGACUCGGAGCUCAUCCCCUUAGUACCUGAAACGUGCCGAAUCUUUGCAUCUGCCGGAGCUGGUUUUGAUUGGGCCGAUGUAGACCUUCUGGCCGACCGAGGCAUUGUUUAUUGCAACAGCGCCACGGCUACUACCGAAUCUGUAGCAGAUUUCGCUAUUUUUUUGAUCUUAGCUACAUUCAGAAACCUCACUUGGUGCACCCAAGCUGCUCGUUCUGGCGCAGCUUCGUUCCAAGAUUGCCACACCAAUGCGGCAGCUAUGUCUCAUAAUCCUCGUGGCCACACGCUCGGUAUUGUUGGCUUGGGAAACAUUGGUUAUAACAUCGCCCGGAAAGCUUUUCUAGCAUUCGGAAUGAAAGUUCUUUACUACGAUAUCGUGCGAAAGGCUCCAUCCCAGGAGGCUGCCGUUGAAGCACAAUUCUUUACUGAUCUGGAUGAUAUGUUAGCCCUCAGCGAUUGCGUAGUUCUCGCUACACCUGCUUCUCCAGAUGGAAGAAAAUUCCUUGAUCGACAGAGGUUGAGCAAAUUUAAGGAAAAAAGUAGAUUUGUGAACAUUGCUAGAGGUGUCUUAGUGGACGAGCAAGCAUUGGCCGAAGCUGUUGAGUCAGGAAAAUUGGUGGGCGUAGGACUAGAUGUUCAUGAGCAUGAGCCAAGAGUAAAUGAUAGACUAAAGGCUUCGAGGAAUGUCACGCUUACUAGCCAUAAUGCUGGCGGCACACUUGAAACCCACAUUGGAUUUGAGGAAUUGGCAAUGAAAAACAUCGACGCAGUAUUGAAAGGGAGAGAGCCAUUGACACCGGUCAAUAAUCAUUUGGUCGGGAAGGCGAAGCAUACUUUGUGA